GCGGAGGCCAGGCUUGCAGCAAAGCGUGCAGCCCGUGCUGAGGCUCGAGAGAUCCGGAUGAAGGAGCUGGAGCGGCAGCAGAAGGAGUUAUGCAAGUCCAGGAAGGAGUGUGCAUAGCGCGGAUGCCUGGCAUGCCUGCUGCCAGCACAGGGCCUGGUGCAUCCUGAGACCAGCUUACCAGUCACUUGCCUGCAGAGUCUUCCCAGCCCUGAUUUCUGGCUGAAAGGAGCCAAAAGGAGGUGGCUCUGAACUUUAAGGUCUAACUAUUGAACUAGGCUCUAGAUCCUCUGACAGAUCUAUCAGGUUCAAAAGAAAUAUUAUGGACUGGAUACAAAAUGGGGUGACAUCGAGCGGUGGAUGGAGGACAGUGAGCGCCAGUCUCGCAGAUCCCGGAGAAGCACGUCGGCUUCUGAUGAAGAUGAGCGCAUGUCUGUGGGUAGCCGCGGCAGCCUGAGGUCGCAGCCUGACGUGGAGUACGGGGGUCCCUACGCCUGGACCAAUGGUUAUGAUGGAGAAUUAUAUGGAUCGCAGUCCCUGAGUAGAAGAUCUGGCAGGAAUUCCAGCUCUGGCGGUGACGGCAGAUUCUCCACUUUGUCAUCAUGCAGGGAGGAGAAGUUGGGACUCUCCUGUUCGGAACUUGGGCUUCCUGUUGGUGGCCUUGCUCACAAGCCCCUGUCUGCCCAGAAUGGAAACCGGGUGUCUCUGUUCGAUGAGAGCAGCCUCAGUGGGGCUCGGCGGGGCGGCGCCUGCGGUUCCCGCGCUCCCUCAGAGUACAGUGGCCACCUCAACUCCGGCUCCCGCGCCUCCUCCAGGGCCAGCUCGGCGCGGGCCAGCCCUGUGGUUGAAGAGAGACCAGAGAAAGAUUUUGCUGAGAAGGGGUCUCGCAACAUGCCGGGCUUGUCUGCAGCCACGCUGGCCUCCCUGGGUGGAACAUCUUCCCGGAGAGGAAGCGGAGACACCUCCAUCUCCAUUGACACGGAGGCCUCCAUCAGGGAGAUCAAGGAACUCAAUGAGUUAAAGGACCAGAUUCAGGAUGUAGAAGGCAAAUACAUGCAAGGACUGAAAGAGAUGAAGGACUCACUAGCAGAAGUGGAAGAGAAAUACAAGAAAGCUAUGGUUUCCAACGCCCAGCUAGACAACGAGAAGACCAACUUCAUGUAUCAGGUUGACAACCUGAAGGACACGCUGCUGGAGCUCGAGGAGCAGCUGGCUGAGUCUCAGCGGCAGUACGAAGAGAAAAGCAAAGAGUUUGAGCGGGAAAAGCACGCCCACAGCGUACUGCAGUUCCAGUUUGCUGAGGUCAAGGAGGCGCUGAGGCAGAGGGAAGAAAUGCUGGAGGAAAUCCGACAGCUACAGCAGAAGCAGGAGAGUUAUAUCAGGGAGAUUUCUGAUCUUCAGGAAACGAUAGAGUGGAAAGACAAAAAGAUAGGGGCCUUAGAGAGGCAGAAAGAGUUCUUUGAUUCCAUAAGAAGUGAACGAGAUGAUCUUAGAGAAGAAAUAGUCAAGCUGAAAGAGGAAUUAAAGAAACAUGGAAUCAUCCUAAAUUCAGAAAUAGCCAACAAUGGAGAGACUUCAGAUACACUAAACAAUGUUGGGUACCAAGGCUCCACCAAGAUCACUAAAGAGGAGUUAAAUGCCCUCAAGUCGGCCGGGGAUGGGACACUGGGAAGAGCCACAGAAGUGAAGGUGAAAAAUGAAAUUGUGGAGAAUAUGGGGAAAAGAGCAAUCUUGCAGAAUACUGAGCAAGAACAGCACAAAGAGGACACAGUAAAGGAUUAUGUAUCACAUCCUGGUGAAAAUGUGGAGGAGCAGAAAACCUCUGGAGACAGUGCCCCGUCCCCAGGACCCAGAGCAAAUGCUAACUGUGAGGAGCAGGUUCAUGACCAAGUUCUAGAGAAUACUGCUUUCCUUGAAAGUCCAGGGCAGGUUGAGUCAAGAGGGGUCAUAGAUGUGCCAGAUGGUGAAACUGGGGCUUCCCUAGAGCAGCCUGGCUAUGGGAGGGAUUUAGACAAGGAAGCCCCAGUACCCACGAGUGGGCAGGACAGUUGCACUGCCUUGGAUAUCAAAAGCCAAAGUGAGCCAUCUGUAGGAAGGCAGGAAAAAGAAAAGCAGGAGGAUUGGAAAAGCGACUUGGAAGAGGUUAGCUCACAAACAUGCCAGGAAUCUGCUCCUGUGCCAAUACCCGAAGUUGAAAGAAUGAACAGGACAGACGUUGGAGGGCCAAGUGGGGGUCACCUGGGGAGUAUAGUAGAGGCAGGGGGCGUGCCAGCUGGGGAGCAAGUGGGCACAGUGCCUGCAAGUCCUCUGAAGCAUGGUGAUGACCCAGUGACUCAAGGUGGACAGUGUGUGUUUAGCACCAGUGCAGGGCAGAGCUUAGAGAAGGAGCUCACCAACCGGGAGGCAGCUGAGCUGAGGGAGGCCCCAGUUCAUAGCACAGAAGCCGGUGGGAAGAACAGUGCAGAAAAGGGUGGAGCUGCGGAGGUGAGGGAUGAGGAGCCAGGCCACGCAGAACCCCAGCCCGUCCCUGGUGCUCCAGCAGCCAAGGGCAGCCAUCAGGAAGCAACAGGCUCAGGUAGGGCCGAUCCUGAAGGUGAGCUGCUUGCUGCCAAGGAACCAGAGGAAGAGAAGAGUGACCAGCAGGCGGAGGCAUCAGAGUCACCCCAGAAGAAGAAUAAGAACAAGAAGAAGAAAAACAAGAAGAAAAGAUCACCGGCAGCUGCAGAAUCCCUUGAGGGUGUUAAGAAAGAACUGAGCUAUCAGGACGCAGAGGUGGGCGAGAUUAAGGAAGAAGAGCAGGUGCAGUUUUCUGACAAGAAACGAGCAGUGGAACCACAAAAUGAGGUGACCCAAAAUCCAGAGCAGGAAAUUGUGGCAGGAAGCGGGGAGCAUGUUGGUUGUCCGGGGAAUGGUGAAACGGAGUUGAAUGGAAAGCUUCAGCAAGGCGACGGUGAUGUGAAGACCAGGGCAGGGGGAGUGCCUCGCGGAGGCACGCUGAAUCCUGAAGGUGGGACAGCUGAGUCGGCAGGGGCCAGUGCUAGUGAUAAAGCAUUAGAUGAAGAUGGUGAUGCCAAAGCAGCCAGCAGCGCCCAGAGCAGUCCUCUGGAACCAGAGAAGGAAGAAGGGGACCGCAGCUCCCUGCUGGAAAACAGCCCCUCAGAGGACAUUGAAGAUGCCUCUCGGGCAGAGAGUGCCCAGAGGCAGGAUCCGCCCCAACACCCAGGUCAGGUGGCUGACAAGGCCCAGGACAGCCUGGGUCAAGAAAGCAGAGAGUUGUCAGCAGCAACAGGGGGGACGGGGGACUCCAGUUCAGAGGGUGGAAGAGAAGCAGGAGAAGGAAGCGAGAGGGGCAAGAGCAAAGAAGACUGCACCAUGUCCUAGGGCAGGGGGCCGCAGACGGGCAGCCGGCGGGCCCAGACCAGGUGGCAGAGGAGGCCCGACCCACUCCGCACAGCAAGUCCUGGCAUCAGAGACGCCUUCCUCGACCUCACUGGCACAGUGCAGAACGUCCUACUUGAUCUAGAUGUACUGUAUGACAGUGACUCACUUACCACAUUAGCCACAUUGUUACCUACAGGUUCGUGUUCAAUCACUGAGGUUGUCACCCAUAUUAGGAAGAAAGACAUUUGUUUUCAGAGUAAGUUCUGACGGAGAGCUUUCCAGUAGCAGCAAACAGUAAGGUAUCCGUACUCUUUUUAUAUUCUAGCCUGAAGUAAAACUACUUCGCUAGACCCCAGGCCAUUAUGCAUGUAGAUGUGGACCAAAUAUAUCAACAUCCAAUGAAAUGACCAAAUAGCACGCUUAGAUUUCUGCAUCAUGAAUAUUGUGCAUAUUUAAACUAAUACGUCUCAUUCAAGUCUGCGUAUUUCCAUAUUUGAUUUUAACAUGUACAUUAUAACCUGCAUAGUAUUUUAUUUAACUGAAAUAAAUGUCCAAAUGGCAUGUAGGUCACUGAGUGAUAAGAUACGCACCUCAGGCCAAUCAUUGAUCAUCUUAGGGAUAACAGUAAAUGUCUGAAAGCACUAGGGAGGUCUUUUUGUUCUUUACCUCAUGUAUUUAAUGUCAUGCCAAUACCCUUGGAUCUCAUUGUCCAGAUGACCAAGUUUAUUUUGUAGAUUUUGACUUCACUUCGUGCUUAUGAAGUAUCAGAUUCAUUGUAUAUGAAGAUUAUUCUUAAAAUAUUUUUAUCAAGAAAUAUGUUGAAAUUGCAUUUCCUACUGUGGUAUUUAGACAAGGGCAGUCUUUUAAAAUUUUUUAACUUAAAAUUACUUCUCUUUCUGUUUGAAUGUCUUAGUCAUUAUUCAAAAGAGCAACACAAAACAUUACUUGUUCUAGUGCAAACUACUCAUUAGAUUAAACUAGGAUAUUUUAAAAAGUUGAAUUACUUUUGGUAUUUUGGUAUAAAUAUUUUUAUUUGUUAUCCUCAGUAUAUUUUUACUGGAAUUUUUUGUUUUGAUCUGCCUGGAAAAUUAUAUUUUUUCUAUAUAAAAAAAUUUUAAAUGAUCAUAAAUUAAGUAAAAAGCAAUGGUAAAGUAUAAAAUCACAAGGGAAUGUAUAUUAUGAAUGCCAUUGACACUUUAUAAGAUUAUUGGAAUUUGUAUUAACUGUUACAAGAUACAAUUGAGUACAGAAACACCAAAACCUCAGUAAAUUUGGAGGCGAACCUAAGUGUUACAUAACUAAAAUAAAAGCAUUUUAUAAUUU